AUGUCCGAAGCUGGCGAUGCUUCAGAACCGUCGGUGCCGUCGAAUCAGCUCCGCGAAGUCCCUUCAAGGACACGCGAUCUUCCCCCGGCGCUCUCCUUCUUGACGAAUACUUUCUUUCUCACCAAGAACAUUGGCAGGCUCUCAUCAGCCCUGCGAAUAAACAUCAAUCAACGGAGAGGCGACGCCGUAUCCUGCCGAGACAACAAGAGUUCAUCAAAGCCUCAUCCGAGACAAGGAGACCACGGGCCGCACCGUCAGCCAAGCGCGUAUGCUGGUGAGUACAAAAACAUCAAUACGGAUGGAUCCUCGGCGCAGAUGUGCUUUACAGUGCGGCUUCCGGCACCUGGUGGCAGCUCUGAAUCCCGCGGCGAUGCCCAGGCUUCAGGCUCCGUCGCAGAGCAUCCACGAAGUCGCACCCCCCAGCACAGGAACACCUAUAACAUGGAAGAAUAG